AUGCCAUCCGUCGUACUCGCAUGGCUCAUUAUUUUCAGUGCUACUGUAUUAACUCUCGAGAUUCAACAUCAACUUCUCCUUGCUCGUAUGCUUGGUGCAAUUGUUAUGCUCAUAGCAUGGCAAUGUUUACUUCCAUCUGCAUUGCAGCUCAAGGCUGCAAGCUGCGCUAUUGUGUACCAUGGAAUAGCGGAAGGUUUACGUCAAUGGCAACGAAAUUUUCCAUGUGUGUUUGAGCAUCGAAAAGACCGUAAAGUUAUUUUGUGGCUGCUUUUCUGGGCACGAGUGUUUAUCUGGGGAGCUGCUAUUGGUGGAGUUGCGGUCUUUGUGACUUUAUUGAGAGAUCCAGAAGAAACAAGGACAAACCCGCUUUCGUGUUGGCAAGAAACUGCAGCUCUGGCCUUGUACUAUGAGGUAGUAGAAGUACUAGUGAUGCUCUACUUUUCAGACAAACCGUUGCCAUAUUUAUGGCACAAACGUAUUGGUCAUUGGCUCGCAGCGCUGUUUGUGGGGUUUCUGGAGACUACUGGACGACUUGACACAGUUCUGCGCAGUUCGUUGUUGGUUGAGAUGUCGCCCUUGGCUCUUGUUGUUGUACUGCUCAUGGUCAUGUGGUUGUCGAUUGAGAUUCCAUGGGAUCAGAUUGCAGAAGCGAGCAGUCCAUGCUUGGCUGAAGAAGAAGAACAUGAUGAGAUGGAGGAAUCUGAACGAAAUAGAGAAGUGGCAAAGUAUCCGAGCUCUUUCAGCGGAGUAAAUUACAUCUCUGGACUGUUCCGUGGAUAA